AUGGGCGGCUCGGCUGCAAGGGGAUCCAGGGGAGCGGGCCUGGUGCCCGAGCGGCUGCUGCGAGGAUUCAAGGAGAAGGUGGAGUCUGCGGGUGGAUCUGGAGGCUGGCUCGCGAUUAGGGGCGCGCGGAAAACGAGGAGGAGACCAGGUGGAGGUUCUUUCGGCGGCGGGGAGGAAAUGAUUGAUGGGACGGUAAAGAGAGGCGCAGAGCCCUCGUGCUCGACGCCUUCCUCCUUUGGCUGCUCGCGGCUGCCGCCCGACGCCAUCUGCUCCCGGUCACUCUCGCCGACGACCGCUCCUUCCUCUCCUUGGCGUCCGCCCCUGCUCAAGCAUCUCCGCCGGAGCACGCCCGCUGAGCUCCGUCGCGCCCCCUCGUCGGCCCUCCUCCGCGCCGUUGCCUCGCCAGGACGCCGCGCCUGGCCUCCCGCGCCGCCACUGGAGACCAACUCCGGCGCCCCCUGCCUCGCGUCGCCCUCUGCUUCCGUCGACGCCGCCUCUCCUCCUGCUUCUCCUCGGCGCCACCAACCGUCUCGACCUCACCGCGGGCAGCAGCAGUUGCUGCAGCACCCUCUCGCCGACGCCGCACUCGGACCUCCACCGCGCCUCGCCUUCGACCUCGGCUUUCGUGUCCCAUGGCCAUGA